UCGGUUCUGAGUUCAUACUCGCAACAAAAUGGCAUUCGAAGGCAAACUGUACGUGCACGAAAGAGAUGACAAUUUCGAUGGUUUCAUUGCUUCUUUGGGCUUGCCUGAGGACAAGGUGGAAAGACUGAAGAACUACAAGCCCAAUCACAAGCUGGAGAAGAACGGGGACACUUACACGAUGUCUUCAUUGUCUGAAAGUCGCAACCAUAUCAUCACGUUCAAGUUGGGCGAGGAGUUUGACGAGACGGUCGUUGAAGGACGCACUGCAAAGACCACCUUCACACUUGACGGCAACACCCUUACGCAAGUCCAGAAAUUUGCAGAAGGCACCAUAACUACAAAGAGGGAGUACUCCAGCGACAAACUAGUCGUGACUAUUAACAGAAGUAACUGGGACGGUACUGCAACCAGAUAUUACAAAGUUUAAUGCCAA